AGCCCGCAUCGCGCGUCGCCACGAUAAAAGACCCAAUUUAAAAAAAAUAAAAACUCCAUAACCCCAAAAAAAACAAAAAGCGAACUGGCCGGCGACAUUUUAAAAAGCAAACAGUGGCGCGAACGUUUGACAGCUGUCAAAAUUCCUGCGUUAACGUGACCGUGAGAAAAUUGUGUUUGUGGAAUAUUUUCAAUAGGAAAAUUUCGCAAAAAUAUUGUAAUUGUGACGUUGGAGAGAAGUAAGCUGACCUUUAAUUGUUUUCGGAGACGGCUGUGUUUCUCACCUACGAUUUAUAUUCAGGACCACAGCGUGCGCGCGCGCACCUAUUUUGCAAUUGCCGUUCAGUCGCUAUCCGACCGCCGCGCGAGCCACACGUCCCGCCGCGCCCCCCAAAAAUAAACCAAAUAAAAUAGUAAUACUAAAUGGAUGAAUAAAACCGUGAUCAUUUGUGCAGUGUUGUGAAAUGUGUGUGUGAGUGUUGACGGUGGAUUUUCAUUUUUUGUUUUCAAAGUAAAAAGUUGACAGUGAUCAAUAUGCAGGGCCGCGACAAGCUAUGUGCUAAACUCACGAGUGCAUUCCUAAGGAAGUGGUGGUUCGUGCUGGCCACGGCGGUGAUACUACUGCUGGCUGGCAUCGUCUGCGCUAUAUUCUUCGGCAGCUGGGUCCGACUGUUCAUAGACCAUGAGCUGGUGCUUCGCCCCGGCUCGAUGACGUUCGAGUGGUGGGCGCGGCCCCCGGUGCGGCCUUUCGUGAGGGUCUACGUGUACAACGUGACCAACGCUGAUGAGUUCCUCAACAACGGCUCCAAGCCCAUCCUUGAUGAGCUGGGGCCUUACGUCUACUCUGAGGAGUGGGAGAAGGUGAACAUAACUGACAAUGAGAACGGCACCCUGUCGUUCCACUACAAGAGGACGUACACCUUCAUCCCGGAGCUGAGCAAGGGGCCCGACGAUGAUGCAGUGGUCGUACCUAACAUACCUAUGUUGAGCGCGACCUCCCAAUCGAAGCACGCAGCCCGGUUCCUCAGAUUGGCCAUGGCUUCUAUUAUGGACAUCCUGAAGAUCAAGCCGUUUGUAGAAGUGUCUGUGGGGCAGCUCCUGUGGGGAUACGAAGAUCCUCUGCUCAAACUCGCCAAGGAUGUCGUGCCUAAGGAACAGAAGCUGCCAUAUGAGGAGUUUGGACUCUUCUAUGGGAAAAACGCGACCUCCCCCGACGUAGUGACUAUGUUCACUGGCGCCCAAGAUAUGAUGAAGUAUGGCAUCUUCGAGCGGUACAACAUGAAAGACAAGCUACCUCACUGGAGCACGGAGCAGUGCAACAGCAUCGCCGGGUCUGACGGCUCCAUCUUCCCGCCGCACAUCACCAGGAACGACACGCUGGCUGUCUACGACAAGGACCUGUGCCGCCUGCUGCCACUCAAGUACUUGCGCGACGUGGAGUCGGCGUCAGGAGUCGAAGGAUACCGCUUCACCCCGCCAGAAGACGUGUUCGCCGACGACGAACACAACCGCUGUUUCUGCCCCGCGGGUCCGCCGUGCGCGCCCAACGGACUAUUCAACGUGUCUUUAUGCCAAUAUGACUCGCCAAUCAUGCUGUCGUUCCCCCACUUCUACCUGGCCGACGACAGCCUCCGGGAGGCCGUGGAGGGCAUCUCGCCUCCCAACCCGGAGGACCAUCGCCUCUUCAUUGACGUGCAACCGGAGAUGGGCAUUGCGAUGCGCGCGCGCGCCCGCAUCCAGAUCAACCUGGCGGUGUCCCAAGUGGUGGACAUCAAGCAGGUCGCCAACUUCCCCGACAUCAUCUUCCCUAUCCUGUGGUUCGAGGAGGGUAUCGACGAGCUCCCCGAUGAAGUCUCCUCCCUGCUGCGCCUGGCCACCAAGGUGCCUCCGAUCGCGCGACUGGCUCUUGGCUGGGGGCUGUCCGCACUCGGAAUCCUGCUUAUACUGUUGGCUGUUACUUGUCUCAUAAGGUCAUCACACCGCCAAAGCACGCUAAGGUUGGAAGGUCACGUGGUGGCCAAACCACCGCCGCCGAAGACACCGAGCAAGGAGAACGGUUACGAGCUGAACAGCCGAAGAUAACUAUAGCUUACCAACUAGUUGUAUCGUUACAUUACGCUGUUGCGUCUUAAGGCACGUCUGACAAUCAUAAAGCUUAGAGAAUUGGGUUUUGAACUGGCAACACUGACUGACUUAUGGCAACACUGACCUGACAAACGUCAAAAAAACGUUUUGUAAAGGAGUAGUUUGCAG